AUGCGGCGCCCGCCGAAGUUGGUCCUCGCUACGGUCGAGUCGGGUGAAGGAUGCGGGUGGGCGAAGGAUGAAGCAUCCGCCGACAGGGGAGCUUCGAGCCCGGAGGGGGAAAAACCAGCCCCACCGAUCGGGUCUUUGGCCAGGGUGUCAAAAGCGGCAGCAGACCUGAUGGUGUACUGCGAAGCCCACGCCAAGGAGGACCCUCUAUUGACCCCCGUCCCGGCCUCAGAAAACCCCUUUAGAGAGAAGAAGUUCUUCUGCGUGAUCCUGUAAACCCUCGAGGAGCCUGACUGGCACUCAGGCCACCCUGAACACUGACGUAGAGUUUUUAGGAAUGGGGACGACCUGCUAGUCUGCAGAAUUUAAACAAAAAUAAGUAAAAUACACGGCCUGGAAGCUACAGGGAUGUGCAUGUUUAAAGAACCUGGCCACCUUUUGGGGGAAUGAGAUGAUCUGCAUUGCGAGGCAAAAGAUCUGAAGUCUGUAGAGUUGCCUAGAAAGA